AUGGCUACUUUUGUUGGUCAAAUGCCAGUGAUACCCAAGCUAAGGCAUCCUCUCAAAACACCUAUUGUGACUGAAGAAGCUGUAUGGCCGCAAGAUGAUCUACCCAUUGGCCCAAGUAGUGUUGGGGUGAUAGCUGUUGGAUUCUCUGGCGGACAGGGCAAGCAAGGAGUUGAUAUGGGCCCGGCCGCGAUCAUCGGCUGUGGACUUCUUGAAGAAUUAAACUAUGGUCUCGGAAUCAGACUACAUCAUGACCAUAAGAUUCAUACGUAUGAAGAUAUGGUUCCAGAGUUUGAAGCCGAUAGCAGAAACAUGAAGCGACCGCUGGCGGUCUCGAUCGCUACUCAGGCGCUAGCCCAUCAAGUUUACGAGCAGGCACGCAAGAAUCGAUGCGUUCUGACGCUAGGAGGCGACCAUAGCAUUGCCAUUGGAACUGUAGCAGGCGUAGCUCGGGCCACUAGAGAACGGCUGGGCAAGGAUAUCGCAGUCAUUUGGGUGGAUGCCCAUGCCGACAUUAAUACUCCAGAAACUAGCGAUAGCGGAAAUAUCCACGGUAUGCCGUUGGCAAUGUUGGCUUCACUAGCACAGACAGCGCCGGGCACGCCGUUUGGCUGGCUGCAGAGUAAGGCACACGGUGGCAGGACACCGGUUGUUGAUCUUAAGAAACUGGUCUAUAUUGGGUUGCGGGAUGUGGAAGAGGCUGAGCAGCAGAUUAUUGAACAGUAUGGCAUCAAGGCCUAUACUCGAGUUGAUGUCCACAAAUUGGGUAUUGAACGAGUCCUAAAAGAUACCCUCGAAUAUAUCGGCCGAGACACCCCCAUUCAUCUAUCCUUCGAUAUUGAUGCGCUUGAUCCUGAAUUGGCUCCAUCAACAGGAACACCUGUUCCUGGAGGCUUGACUAUGCAUGAAGCGUUACUCAUCGCCCAGGGCGUACAUCGUACUCGCAAUAUGGUGGGUAUGGACCUUGUCGAGAUUAACCCGCUCGAAGAGCCUGGCGAGGACGGGUUGGGAGCUGCGCAGACAAUCGCAUGCGGCACUGAGAUUGUGCGGCAUGCAUUUGGGGCGAUGUCGUUAAGAGAGGAUGAAUAUAAAAUGUGA